CGAGAACGGAGCGUCCAAUCAGAAGGUAGCUUUCAGAUGUCAUGCGCGGUAGUUGCAGAAAGCAUGUCGGGUUUGUAUAACCGGGGUUGGAGUCAAGUUGUGAAGAUUAAAGAUGUUGUAGGACUUUCAAAUGGCCAAAACGCUGGUGCUGAGGCUGCAUCUGCUCAGGCAUUUGGUGGCCCAAGUCCCUUCAUCACUGACUGUAUGUGCUGUUAGGCAUCGUUGUUCUCCUCAUCUUCAGACCUCCACUGUCUUCUCUCCAACCUGCUCCAAACUCAGUCCGAGGGCUGUUUGCACUACGACUCGAGACCCUCUUUUCCUUGCCGUCGGAUCUGUUCGUCCUCACCAGGAGCUCCUCACCGGUGGAAUCGGUCAGUUGCACCACCUGACUUCAGGGGAGGACCGCAUCUUUACGGACCGCUUGUCUUCCUGCACAUCAUCCCAGCAAGUUCUGCGUCUCUUGCGAUCUUAUCCCGACCUGUCAAGCGCAUCAGCGGCUUCUGUACUUCACCGAUUGGCCGAUCUGGAGCAGGAUGAUGGCCGUGGUCUUAAAAACCCACAAUUGCUGUCAGACGUGGCCUUGAACAAACUUUGUCAAAAACUGGAAAAAGAUUCAGCCGUGUUAGAAGACGAUGUCGUGGUUCGAGCUCUGUUGGGCUGCACGCGCCUCUAUCUUGACCCCUGGAGUCGCCUGCUGGUACGGCUGGUGUCCGAAAGUCAGGAGAGAUUGGACUUGGGAAGGUUAAGCGUUGAGGCGCUAUGUGAGUUAUCAAGGGCUUUAUUUGCGUUGGAAGGGCCCGACUGUGGUAUGGUUAAACAGGCUAUGACUCAGCUCGAAAAUAAAGAUCCAGCCCGAUGGAAUACAGCAGAGCUAGUGAGCGUUUAUCGUACGUUAGCAUCUGGUUUGAGCGAAGGCGGACGCUAUCCGGAGCUUUUGAACGAAAUGAACGCUCAGGCGCUUCGACUCACGCAGCGGAUGGAUCCAGCGGCCAUAAGCGAGAUUCUAGAUGCUUUAGUGACUUUGGGACAGACGCAAGCAUUGCCACUGGUUAUAGCACUCUGCAAGCAAGCUGUCCGUCACGUGCAAAACUUCACAGAUGCAGAAUUGACUGCGGUAUUGUCUGCACUCAUGCAUUACGGUCACAGCGAUCGCUUUCUCGUGGAAGCUCUCGAACGGCACGUGCCCAAGAUAGCCUUCAGCGCACAUGCAGAAACCAUAACCAAAGUGAUGCAGUAUUUCGGGCGAAGACGCAUACUUUCUCAACCCGUUUUUAACACGGUAGCCGAGAGUUUGGUGUACCGUGCGGAGGAGUACUCCACCUGGCAGGUGUCUCAGCAGAUUGUGGCUCUGGGAAUGUUGGGAUACGUGCCUCCCGACGCGGCCAGAUUGUUCCGAAAGGUGGAGUCGGUUUUGAAUGCCAGGUUUUUGCAGUUUCAGCCCAGAGCUCUUCUGGACCUGCUGCACGCCUGUACUUUGCUCCAGAGGUAUCCGCUUAACUUCGUCUCCAAAGUCUUCAGCCCGUACUUCAUGCAGCAACUGCAGGAGGAGGGAAGUGGGAUGGAUCGCAUGGUGCUCGCUCAGUUGACUCAGCUCUACAUGACUGUGAAACUCGAGUGUCCUUUCUAUAAUGGCCCACGACUUUUACCCAAGUUCCGUGUGAAGUCUUUUUUGGCUCCUGGACAGUCUCUGGAGACGCAAGUGGAAGCUCAGCUUUACAAUUCAGUGAAAUCUGGCCUCGUGGAUCUGCUGGGAGCUCGAUCUUACUUUGCGUCCAGAGUACUUACACCAUAUUGCUAUACGCUAGAUGUUGAGAUAAAACUAGAUGAAGAAGGAUAUGUCCUGCCAGCUUCUCAUGUAGAUGAGGUCCAUAAGAGAAUCGCUUUGUGUAUUGAUGGGUCAAAGCGCUUUGCAGUAAAUGCAAAACAGUUACUGGGUAAAGAAUCCAUCAAACAACGACAUCUGAAGAUUCUUGGAUAUGACGUUGUUCAGAUUCCAUAUUAUGAGUUUGAGAAACUCAAAGACAAAAAAGAAAUCGUAGAUUAUCUGCACAAGAAGAUCUUUCCUCACAGUUACAGACUGAGCUGGUAACACAUUUAUAGACAAAUGGAUGUUUUAUACAUACAGAAACAUUAAUAUUUAUUGUUUUUGGUUCAUAGAUUCUGAGACAAUGUGACUUUAUAUGUAAAGUGCUGUGAAAAAGUAUAUACCAAUAAAAAGACCAACAUAAAA